AUGGGCGGCGGAGGCAGCAAGGAGACUCAUCAUUACCAUGAGGAUACGGCGUCCAAAGAGCUCGCUCGACAAGCCCAAGAGCAGAUGGAAGCUCUUCGCCGGCAACAAGAGGAGGUGCAACGGAGGAUUGAAGAAGAGAACCAGCGGCGACGGCAAGAAGAAUUGCGGCAAGCUGAGCUACGUCGGCAAGAAGCCGAGCGGAAGCGAGUACAAGAGCAGGAAAAUGAGCGGCGGCGUCAGGAAGAGCUUCGCCAAGCUGAACUACGUCGUCAAGAGGCAGCUGAACGUGAGCGGCAGCGCCUCCAGCAAGAGCAGGAGAACCGAAAGAGAGAAGCCGAAAGAGCUCGUGCAGAAAAGGAACGACAAGAUCGGGAAGCCAAAGAACGCCAGGCUCGUGAACUUCAGAGAGAGCGUGACAACGUGCACAAGGCCAAGCUUGAGAAGUGGCAAAGGUUGAAGCGAGACUAUCCCAUCCCAGACUUCCUCAAGAACUAUGUCAAUGAGGUGAAUCCUGACGCAGAGGUAGAGGCUCGUCGAGGUCGUUUCGCCAAUGUGGGCUUCGUUGGAGAUUCGGGAAAUGGCAAGAGUUCCCUGAUCAAAGCCAUCCUCAAGCAUUUCGGUGUCGACUUGCCAGCAGACCAGAUGCCCCGAAUCUCUAUGGAAGGAGACGGCACGCUGGAGCCCAGUCGAUUUCCACUUGCCAUCCUGGGCCAAGUCUCUCUCUGGGAUCUACCUGGUCAAGGAACUGCGAAGAUUCCAUCCAUGACCUACCUCUGCAACAUGGGCCUGAAGUACUUCGAUGCCAUCUGCAUCGUGACUGAUGGUCGUUGGUCUGAAGGUGAUGACAACCUGCUGGUAGCCAUUCACUAUGCAGGGAUUCGUUGCUUUGUGGUUCGCAGCAAGGUGGACCUUGCUGUGGAUGCUGGCGUUGAGGACAAAGGAUGGAGCCAAACCGAGACACUGUCCCAUGUCCAUCAGCAAUUGCAGAGGCAAACCCGCCUGAAAUCACAUCGCAUCCAUCUCGUGACAUGCAGGGAGCGCUUUUGGAAGGACUUCGGUUCUGUGGACGACUUCUGCAAGCACCUCAAGCAAGAGGUGGAAGCCUGUCUACAAGAUGAGCCUGCAAGAAAGUCUUUGAAGCGUAGUGCAACCAAUUCGUUUGGCUGA